AUGAGUGCGCCUAUUGCUCGCAUUCAGCCUGUGAGAAACCCGGUUCUUCCGGAAGCCACGACACCAGAGAUUCGUUAUUGGCGAGGAUUCCGGGCCCCACUGCUCGUGAAAGAGAACAAUGCAGUUAAUCACAUUCAUUUCAAUCCGGCAUCCCCUCACGACUUGGCCUUCACGUCCUCCACCCGCAUUCAAAUUUUAUCUUCAAAGACCCAGAGAGUACACAAAACUAUUGCAAAGUUCAAGGAUACAGUCUACAGUGGUGAAUUUCGCCAUGACGGCAAGCUGCUUGUCGCUGGUGAUGCUACUGGUUUGAUUCAAUGUUUCGAUACCUCGAACCGGGCUGCGUUGGUUACACUCAAGCCCACAAAGUAUGCAGUUCACGUUACAAAGUUUCACCCUUCUUCAUUGUCUACUUUACUUAGUGCCAGUGACGAUCGGGUUGUUCGACUGUGGGAUCUCACAUCUAGCGAUCCGUUGGUGGAGUACAGAGACCACACUGAUUAUGUUCGCAGUGCCACAUUUGUCGCUUCUUUGAAUCUUAUUGCAACCGGUAGUUAUGAUGGUUAUGUUCGUUUAUACGAUCCUCGGGUCACCACGUCUGAGGGCCCUGUUGUACAAUUCUAUCAUAAAGAGCCAGUUGAAUCCGUGCUCUCGCUGUCGGAGACCACUCUGGCUAGUGCCGGUGGACCAAUGGUGAAGAUUUGGGAUCUUACUGCCGGCAAAAAGAUCCGCCAGUUGGGAAAUUUCCAAAAAACCGUUACCUGUUUGGCCUCUGCUGGAGAGCGUGGCUUGCUGGCGGGCUCGCUGGACGGCCACGUUAAAGUAUUUGACUCUCACAACUCCGAGUACCAGGUCACGUUUGGCUGGAAGUAUGGUGCACCUGUGUUGAGCACAGGGAUCUCACCUAACCUUCGUCAACUGGCCACUGGUCUCACCACCGGCUUGCUUUCGGUGCGGACCCGUAAGACAGAGCCCAAGGCUGCUUUGCCUGAGAAGCAGGCCAAAUCAGGCAACUUUGCCCGCAUGAUCCGUGGUGCUGAAUACCAUGGCGAGCUUGAGCACCAAACCAUGAAAGGAUCCAAGAAGAAGACAAUUCGACUCAAGCAGUACGAAAAGCAUAUCAAAGCCUUCCGCUGGUCAGAUGCGCUUGAUUCAGCUUUCCAAACUGGUGUCGCGCCAGAACAAACAGUCAUGGUCCUUGAGGAACUCAGAAACCGUGGCAAGGUAGUAAUUACUCUCACUGGCCGCGAUGAGGACUCCUUGGAGCCCUUGUUCAAGUGGUGCUUGAGAUCGAUCCACGAUACCCGGGCCACAACGGUAAUUGCCGACUGGAUUGGCACCUGCAUUGAUAUGUACGGCUCUGUGAUCGAAAAGAGUCCUAUUCUCAGCAACUUGCUGAGCCAGCUGCAAACUAGAGUGAACUCGCAGGUGGCCAAGGCUGUCGAGGUUCAGAAAAUCGAGGGCAUGCUCGACUUGUUAAUGGCAUAA